GCUCCCCAACCCUAGUGACGCUAGGUGGGGUGGGUGCAGGUGCCUUGUUGUCUAAGUGUCUACAACCUCAUCUUCUACACCUCCGGCUCUCAUUUGAAAGAGGAGGUCGAAGGGGACAUCACUCUUCUGUCGUGGCCUUCGUCUCCCUUCUCCAGCAGCCUUAACACUCCACCUCUGUCCAGCUUGGCUGGCCUCUCCUUUACUUCUUUCAUUUUGGAAGAAAAAACAAACAAAAAACAGAAAACAGGAUGGGUGACAUGAAGAGCUGGACUUUCUCUUUGUUUACAUUUGUGGCUUUUCUGGUCACUUCACAGGCCCAGCAUGAGCCUGGCUACUGCACUUUCUAUGAGGAGUGCGGGAGAAACCCAUCUGUGGAGAACCCCCUUAUUCCACCCAUUAUUCCCUGUAAGAACUACAGCCCUGCCCGGACGAUACAGGGCUUACACUACCAGGAGCUGAAGCGUACGUGCCCCAUGCUGGACCAGGGUCCUGGGAAAACCAAGGCCUGCUGCUCCCUAAAACAGCUGAAUUCCCUGAGAACGAGCCUGCAGUUAUCUAAGGCCGUGUUGAUCCGCUGCCCGUCCUGUGCGGAUAACUUUGCCCACAUGCACUGCAUCACCACCUGCAGCCCCGACCAGAGCCAGUUGGUCAAUGUCACGCGAACAUUGAAUGUGAACGUGACGGUCACGACCACGCCGGCUCCCGGCAUGAACGGGACGGAGGUGACCGAGACACGUGAAGCCGUGGUGGCCUACGAGGCCUUCAUUUCCAAAACCUUUGGCGAAGCCUCCUUCCAGUCAUGCAAGAACGUGCGCAUCCCUGCCACGGGCGGCUUCGCUAUCGCCACUAUGUGCGGCCGCUACGGUGCAGCGCUCUGCACAGCACAGCGCUGGUACGACUUCCAGGGCGACUCCAGCAACGGCCUGGCGCCACUCGAUGUCGACAUCCGUCUCAUCCCUGAGGGCCAGACGAUGCCGCCAGGUAUUGUGGUGUAUGCGGGCCGGGCGCUUGGCUGCAACGAGACCACGUCCACCGGCAGCAAGGCCUGCUCGUGCCAGGACUGCCAGGAGUCCUGCCCCGCCAUACCCCCACUGCCUGCACCCCCGCAGCCUUUCACCCUCGGACAGCUGGACGGCGUGCUAGUCAUCUGCCUCAUCGUCUUCACAUGCCUCUCCAUAGCCUUCCUGGGCUUGAUGGUCUUCAAGUUUGUGAGACAGACCAUGAAGGGCUCAGGCAAGGACUCGGAGAAGGGCCGCAAUAAAGACAAGAAUGGCAAUGAGGUCGAAGGGCACCCCAUCAUCGACCCUAUGGACGUGUCGUGCAUAGAAAGGAACAGCCUGGCCACGCAGAAGUUCCUGGGCUCCUUCUUCCAGGUGUGGGGCACCAUGAUGGCCAAGAACCCCGCCACGGUGCUCCUGGCUUGCCUGGUGGUGGUGGUGGUGUUCAGCGCGGGGUUGCACAAGCUUGAGCUGACCACCGACCCCGUGCAGCUGUGGUCGGCGCCUUCCAGUCGCGCCCGCAUGGAGAAGGACUUCCACGACAGCCACUUCGACCCCUUCUUCCGCACCAACCAGGUCAUCCUGACUGCGCCCGGACGCCAGGGCCACAUAUAUGACUCCCUGCUCUUUGGCAAACAGAACUUCAGCGGCAUCCUCUCCAAAGACCUCAUUCUGCAGCUAUUGGAGUUACAGCAGAAGAUCCAGCACAUCGAAUUCUUCUCAGAGGACCUUCAGCGUAAUGUCAGCCUGAAGGAUGUCUGCUUUGCUCCUCUGAACCCCAGCGACCCCUCCCUCACCGACUGUGCCGUCAACAGUCUACCCCAGUACUUCCAGAACAGUGUGGCCAACCUGGAUGCAAAGGCCAACAUGACACAGCUGGGCGUGACCAAGGAGGUGGACUGGAGAGACCACUUCAUCUACUGUGUGAACUCUCCCCUGUCAUUCAAAGACAUCACAGCAUUGGGAAUGAGCUGCAUGGCUGACUAUGGAGGCCCAGUGUUUCCCUUCCUGGCAGUAGGGGGAUAUGAAGGUCAGGACUUUACUCAAGCUGAAGCUUUGAUCAUGACCAUCUCCCUGAACAACUACGCUCGGGACCACCCCAAGUUUAAGCUGGUGCUUGAGUGGGAACAACGCUUCCUGGACAUCGUACAGGCUUACCAGAAGGACCCCAAAACAAACUUCACCUUCGCUUACAUGGCUGAACGGUCUCUGGAGGACGAGAUCAACAGAACCACGGCGGAGGACAUCCCCAUCUUCAUGAUUAGUUACGCAGUCAUCUUCCUCUACAUCGCUCUGGCCCUGGGGGAUUACUCCUCAUUCAAACGCAUACUGGUGGACUCUAAGCUGCUGGUAGGUCUGGGUGGUAUCCUGGUGGUGGCCUGCUCUGUGCUGGCCGCAAUGGGCUUCUAUGCCUGGGUCGGGAUCCCCUCCUCCCUGGUCAUCAUACAGGUGGUGCCCUUCCUGGUGCUGGCGGUGGGGGCUGACAACAUCUUCAUCUUUGUGUUGGAGUAUCAGAGAGACAUGCGGAAAGCGGGCGAGUCGAGAGAGGAUCAAAUUGGCCGCAUUCUGGGGAAUGUGGCUCCCAGCAUGCUCUUGUGCAGCCUCUCUGAGUCGAUCUGCUUCUACUUGGGUGCUCUGAGCACGAUGCCGGCGGUGAGGACCUUCGCUCUGUACGCCGCGCUGGCCGUGCUCAUGGACUUCAUGCUGCAGAUGACGGCGUUCGUGGCGCUGCUCUCCUUGGACGCGCGCCGCCAGGAUGCCUCCCGCUGCGAGGUGGCCUGCUGCAUCACCGUGUCGAAGCCGCGGUCCAAAAAGCCUAACCAGGGUAUCCUGCUGCCCCUCAUGAAGCGAUACUAUGCCCCUGUGCUGCUUCAUCCUGUCACCAGGAUCGUGGUGAUGGUGGUGUUUCUCUUCAUGUUCUGCUCCUGUGUAUUCCUCAUGUUCCACGUCAAAGUGGGCCUCGACCAAGAGCUGUCCAUGCCAACGAACUCCUACAUGUUGGACUACUUCAAAUACCUGUACGAGUACUUGGAGGUUGGCGUGCCCACGUACUUUGUGACGACACGAGGCUUCAACUUCACCAGCAAAACGGGCAUGAAUGCAGCGUGUUCGAGUGUUGGCUGUGACCCAUUCUCCUUGACUCAAAAAAUUCAGUACGCCACGGAGUUCCCGGACCGAUCGUACCUUGCUAUCCCAGCAUCCUCUUGGGUAGAUGACUUCAUUGACUGGCUCAACCCUGCUUCUAAAUGCUGUCGGAUCUACACCAAAGGUCCUAAUCAGGGACAAUUCUGCCCAGCCUCAGAGAACGAUGAUUUAUGCCGGGCCAAAUGCAUGUUUCCUCCACUCGACGGCGUGCUACGGCCCAACGUGAAACAGUUCAACCGCUUCCUGCCAGAGUUCCUCAACAACCGGCCUGACCUGCAGUGCCCCAAAGGUGGGUUGGGAGCGUAUGACAAAGCGGUGGUCAGAGAUGAAGCAGGAGAGAUUAUAGCGUCUCGGUUCAUGGCGUACCACUCGCCGCUGAAAAACUCCCAGGAGUUCACGGCUGCCCUGCUGCGGGCGCGAGAGCUGGCCCUCAACAUCACCAAAACCAUGCGUCAAAUCCCUGGCACCCCGCCUGACUUCGAGGUCUUCCCUUACACGGUGACGUAUGUGUUCUACGAGCAGUACCUGACCAUCGUCUCCGAGGGCCUCUUCAACAUCUCGAUGUGCCUGCUGCCCACCUUCGUGGUGUGCUGUAUCCUCCUGGGCAUGGACCUGCUCUCCGGUCUCCUCAACCUUCUCACCAUCGUCAUGAUCACCGUGGACACUGUGGGCGUCAUGACGCUGUGGGGCAUCGACUACAACGCUGUGUCACUCAUCAACCUCGUCACGGCUGUGGGUAUCUCAGUGGAGUUUGUCUCUCACCUGACGCGCUCCUUCGCUCUCAGCAUCCUGCCCACGCGCGUGGAGAGAGCCAAGGAGGCCACAGCCAACAUGGGCAGCGCUGUGUUUGCUGGUGUUGCCAUGACAAACCUGCCGGGGAUUGUGGUGCUGGCGUUUGCCAAGGCCCAGCUGAUCCGGAUCUUCUUCUUCAGACUCAACCUGGUUAUCACCCUACUGGGCAUGGUGCACGGCCUCAUAUUUCUGCCAGUGCUCCUCAGUUUCUUCGGACCUGGAGUGAACAAGGCAGUGUUGCUGGAGCUACAGACUAAGAAGGCCAUGGAAUUGGAGGCCUACAGCAAUAAGACUUUUGAGAACAUGGCCUACAUGGAGGACCACGACAAAAGCAACCACACACACACCUCUCGGCAGGAAGACACUACAGCGGAGCCACAGCAAGAGCCUGACGCCAUGGAGACCACCGCCCAUGACUCCAAGAACCCUAACAACACCCACCUUUAAACGGACAACCCCACCAGGCCCCUUCCUCCACACUCCUCCCCUGGGCCCCAGUCACAUAUACCUCCAUGUGUGUGUGUGUGUGUGUGUGUGUGUGUGUGUGUGUGUGUGUGUGUCUGUGUGUGUGUGUGUGUGUGUGAGUGAGUGAGUGUGUGAGUGAGAGGGAGAGGGAGAGAGAGAGAGAGAGAGAGAGAGACAGAGAAGGGGUGUGGUAGGUUUUGUGUUUUUCAUAGGAACGAAUGACCAAACACACACCCGUGCAAUAGAAGUGUCUGAAUCACUAUGACUGGGCAAUAAAGCCUGGACCCUGGGCUGAAGGUUCCUUUUUUAUGGCAUCCCUGUGGCAAGCCCUUCACAGAUUAUCGGCAGUAUGCGCUCGCACAGUAGAUUUCUCGUUAGACAGCCAACACAAAAGAGACGAACUACAUUUUCUGUACAGCAAAAGUAGCCUUGUUGGGUGAAAGCUGCCAGCACAGUAGCAUAGCAGUUACAUAUUAGAUGAAAAGAGGACAACUUGCUCCCCACAGGGUAAAGGCCACUUCAGUGUUGACAUUGUCUGUUAUGCUGAUUUUACCUCUUGUCUGACAGUACCACGCCACUAGGUGGCAGCAGGGAGACUAAUCCAUGAAUUAAGCACUUGAAUGAGGAAAUUUAGAGCUAAAAAUCUCAUUUGUAAAAUGAGGAAAUAAAGUCAUUAGAUGGAGUAAGAGAUUCACAUUAGAAUUAAAGUGUUGUCUGUCCUUGUUAUUUGUGAAGUUGAUAUAUAUGCUUAUUUAAUUGAAUUGUUAUUUUAUACUAGUGCAAAUGUACCGUGUGGUUUCAAGGAGAUUUUGAGGAGCUUAAGUCGCACUCUGAAAUGUCCAUGUAGCACCUAGCAUGCCAGAGCGCACUCUGUCCUUCCUAUCGCCACACUGUGGCAUUUCAGAGCUUUCAGUAGCUAUGACCAGAGUUUGGACAUUUGAGAGUCCAGGUACAGGAGCCAAUCUGUCACACUCCAAACGUAUGCAGCAAGUGCACCCAUCAGAUGAACAGAUGACUAUUAGAAUGACUUGAUAUUAUUUUUAUAUUACUAUUUGUCAUUUUAUGUUAAGCUUAAUCAAUGAAAUAAUAAAACGUCAUUGUAUUUUUUGA